AUGCCGCCUCAGACCUUCUUCCUGGUCUCGCUACCGACAUCCAUAUCGCCAUCCGACAACCGUGACGAAGCUCUCACAACCCUGCGAUCAGCCGUACAGCAAGAUAACGGCACAACAUACCCCUUCAACAUCCCCAACUUCAAAGUCGGCACCUUAGAUGCGCUCGUCCAACAAGCCGACGACCUCGCGAAGCUUGAGCAAGGAUGCAAAGGCGUGGUAGAUAAGGUCGCGGACUCCCUCCGGAGUCUACUCGAAGGUGAUGAGGACAAGCUAGCGGAACAGAAAGUGGUCAACGACAAGCCCGUGGACACCUACCUCCAAUCCUUCCAAUGGAACAAGGUCAAAUAUCGCGCCGACAAGCCCCUCGCCGAACUCAUCGAUACCCUGCAGAAAGAGGUUGCCGCGGUAGACAAUGAUGUCAAGGCCAAGUUCAGCCAGUACAACCAGACCAAGACCUCGCUCGCGCAACUCCAACGGAGCACCACCGGCAACCUCUCCCAGAAGUCACUAACAGCCGUCGUAAACCCGGACACCAUCCUCAAACCAGACGACUCCGAGUAUUUACAACAACACCUUCUCGCCAUCCCAAAUGCGCUGACCAAAGACUUUCUGAAAUCCUACGAAACGCUCUCCCCCAUGGUCGUGCCGCGUUCCGCAGAACUGUUGGCGAAAGACGACGAAUUCCAGCUAUGGGCGGUGACGGUGUUUAAGAAGCAUAGCGCAGAAUUCAUACACAAAUGCCGCGAGCACAGAUGGACACCACGCGAUCUGAAAUUCAACGAGGGCGGACGAGAAGCGGAGGAGGAGGAGCUGCGGAAAUUGGAGAAGGAGGAGCGGAGGGUGUGGGGUGAGGCGUUGCGGCUGGGGAGGACCGGGUACAGUGAUGGCGUCAUGUCGUGGAUACAUGUUUUGACGCUGAGGGUGUUCGUGGAGAGUGUGUUACGGUAUGGGUUGCCUCUGAGUUAUGUUUGCGGUGUUAUCAAGACGGACCCGAAGCGCAGCAAAAAAGCCAAACAAUCUCUCGACGCGCGCUUCUCGGACAUCGGCGGGAAUGCCAUGAGUAGAGAUAAAAAGGGCCGGCCGAAGAAGGACGAUGGCAAUAUGCAGCAGGAGAUGGCCGGUGCGGGCUUUAGUAGCGACCAAGGCUACGAGCCGUAUGUUUUCUAUGAGUUUGAGAUCAUAUAG